GGUCAGACCGGAGAAGGCCCAGCUACGCCCCCUCUCCCUGGAGUCGGGACAUCUGUUCCUCGCAACUUCCGCUUCCGCUGCUAGCUAGUAGCCGAAUGCUGCAGCAGAUUGGAGACGGAGCUCCCAGCAUGCCUUUCCUCCACGGCUUUCGGAGGAUAAUAUUUGAAUACCAGCCUCUGGUAGAUGAAAUUCUGGGAGCAGUGGGCAUACAUGACCCAGAGCAAGGGGAGACGGCACACAGCACAGUCAGCUUCCUGGCCAAUGAUAAUGACAAGUUCCUAGCUCUGAAUGAAUUGCUGGAGAGACAUUCCCAGACUGCGUUCUACAAGGAGGGGAUAAGCUACUCCCUGUUAAAGGUGGCCGAGCUGGGGCUCGCUCCUGCUGCGGAAAUCCUCCUGCAGUACGGGGCAGAUCUUGGCUUUGAGGAUCCUGUGACGUAUUAUACCCCGCUACACAUCGCAGUCCUCCGAAACCAGCCUGACAUGGUGGAGCUGCUGGUGCAGAAUGGCGCUGAUAUAAACAGGAGAGACCGGAUUCAUGAAAGUAGCCCCUUGGAUUUGGCUAGCGAGGAAUCUGAACGACUGCCCUGUCUGCAGCGACUUCUGGAGCUUGGAGCAGACGUGAACGCAGCGGACAGAAACGGUAAGACUGCGCUUUUACAUGCACUGGCCAGCAGCGACGGGGUCCAGAUCCACAACACUGAAAAUAUCAGGUUGCUAUUGGAGGGAGGUGCGGACGUAAAGGCCAUGACCAAGGACUGCGACACCGUGUUUUCCAGUAUCAUAUUCCUGCUGGGAGAGACUGUGGGAUCCGAUAAAGAGGAAGCGAAGCUGAUUAAUCGCUUCUGCUUCCGCGUCAGCCAGUUGCUGAUGGCCCACGGCGCAGACCCCAGCGAGUGCCCAUCCCACGAGUCCCUCACACACACGUGCCUGAAGAGUUUCAAGCUCCACUUUCCCCUCCUGCGCUUCCUCCUGGAGUCCGGUGCUUCCUAUAACUGCUCUCAGCACGGCCCUUCCUGCUGGUCUGGCUUCCAUAUAGUCUUUGACAGGCUAUGCACGUACCUGGGCAGCUGCGAGGACUGUGACUCUGUGGAGCUGCUUAGAACGGCUGAAAGUGUCCUGGACCUCAUGAUCGCCCAUUCGCCGAAAAUCAUUCUACCCAGAAACUUUGAAAUAAAGGCAGCGAGCUGCAGUAGCCAUGCAGACAAAGUGACCGCCUUACACCAGUCUCUGAAACAAAUGGAGCAGUCGCCCCCUACCCUAAACCAUUUGUGCAGGGUGUACAUUCGCCAGAGGCUCAGGCCGUGGCCUGUAGAUGUUAAAGUGAAAUCCCUGCCCCUUCCAGACCGGCUGAAAUGGUAUCUUCUCAUCAAUCCCAUUGCUUCCUGUGAGGAUGAUUUAUAGUGGACUGGUCCACUGUGUCAGGAGAGAGGGUGGCUCUCGUAGACUUCACACACACUGCUCAAGACCUGUGGCGUUACCGCACACCAGUCUCUGCUUCUGCAGGGCAGAGGUGGCUCCCAUCCCACCCGUAUUCCUCGUGUUUGUGACGUCACAGUGCGUAUACACCGGAGGUUUAUCCGUAUCACCAGAGACUAGAAGCAGUAUUGUCCGCUUCUGCAUGUGUCACAUUCCCAGAACUCAGUAUUUGUGCUAAUAAACGGAGAUGUUUGUGCAGGGCA